CGCGCUCCCGCCUUACCCUUGCCGCGGGCCGUAAAGCGCGGAAGGUCGGGGGCCGGUGCAGCCCCGGAACUUUCCGCUCUGCGUCCGGUCCCCUCCUCAUGCCCGGUCCCGCUUUCCGGCCCGCGCAGACCCUCAUCAGCCGUUGUGCUGCACUUCACUUCCGCCGGGCGUCGUUGAACGCGCUGCCCGCACUUGCGGGCCCCUGAGUUUGAAUUCUUUGGAUCUUCUCAGUUGAGUGAAAACAUAAUUCCCAGUUGGUGAUGCUUUACCGGUUGCUGUCCAUUGUCCAAAGACAAAGAACUAGCCCAGGAUGGCAAACCUGGUCAUCAGCAAGAAGCAGCACAUCAGCUGCCGAGUCACAUUCUGUCGCUCUGCCUGCCCAGGCCCAGGUGGUCAUCUGUGGGGGUGGAAUCAUGGGUACAUCCGUGGCCUAUCACCUCUCCAAAAUGGGGUGGCAGGAUAUUGUCCUUUUGGAGCAGGGCAGGCUGGCUGCUGGCUCGACAAGGUUCUGUGCUGGCAUCCUAAGCACUGCUAGGCAUUCAAGCAUUGAACAGAAGAUGGCAGACUAUUCAAACAAACUCUACCAUCAGUUAGAGCAAGAAACAGGAAUCCAAACAGGUUACUUAAGGACAGGCUCAAUCUCUCUGGCCCAAACUCAGGACCGGUUGAUCUCUCUGAAGCGUAUCAACUCAAGGCUGAAUGUUGUAGGUAUCCCUUCUGAGAUCAUCUCCCCGAAGAAAGUGGCUGAACUUCACCCUCUCCUCAAUGUGCAUGAUCUGGUGGGGGCCAUGCAUGUUCCUGAGGAUGCAGUAGUGUCCUCUGCUGAUGUGGCUCUUGCCCUGGCAAGUGCUGCCUCCCAGAAUGGUGUUCAGAUUUAUGACAGGACAAGUGUUCUUCAUGUAUUGAUCAAAAAAGGUCAAGUUACUGGAGUGGAGACAGAUAAAGGACAAAUUGAAUGCCAGUAUUUUGUCAACUGUGCUGGUCAGUGGGCAUACGAGCUGGGUCUGUCCAACGAGGAGCCGGUCAGUAUCCCGCUACAUGCCUGUGAGCACUUCUACCUUCUGACUCGUCCCUGGGAAACCCCUCUGCAGAGCAACACACCAACUGUUGUGGAUGCUGAUGGAAGAGUUUACAUUAGGAACUGGCAGGGGGGCAUCUUGUCUGGAGGAUUUGAGAAGAACCCAAAACCUAUUUUCACUGAGGGCAAGAACCAGUUGGAAAUUCAGAACCUAAGGGAAGAUUGGGAUCACUUUGAGCCCCUGUUGAGUUCCCUCCUGCGUAGGAUGCCAGAAUUGGAGACUCUGGAGAUUUUGAAGUUGGUGAAUUGCCCUGAGACCUUCACACCAGACAUGAAGUGCAUCAUGGGCGAGUCUCCUGUAGUACAGGGCUACUUUGUCCUGGCAGGGAUGAACUCUGCUGGCCUGUCGUUGGGUGGAGGAGCUGGAAAGUUCCUUGCUGAAUGGAUGGUAUAUGGUUAUCCCACUGAAAAUGUCUGGGAAUUGGAUUUACAACGCUUUGGAGUCCUCCAGAGCAGCCGCACCUUUCUGCGCCACCGGGUCAUGGAAGUCAUGCCUCUGAUAUAUGAUCUGAAGGUUCCUCGAUGGGACUUCCAGACUGGGAGACAGUUACGUACAUCUCCUCUUUAUGACCGGCUGGAUGCUCAAGGAGCCAGAUGGAUGGAGAAACAUGGAUUUGAGAGGCCAAAGUACUUUGUUCCCCCCAAUAAAGACCUUCUUGCAUUGGAACAGAGCAAGACUUUCUACAAGCCAGAUUGGUUUGAUAUUGUGGAGUCUGAAGUCAAGUGCUGUAAGGAAGCUGUGUGUGUCAUUGACAUGUCUUCUUUCACAAAGUUUGAGAUAACUUCCACUGGGGAUCAGGCAUUAGAAAGUCUACAGUACCUUUUCUCCAAUGACCUGGAUGUGCCUGUAGGCCACAUUGUGCAUACUGGCAUGCUCAACGAAUGUGGGGGGUAUGAAAAUGACUGCAGCAUUGCACGCCUGAACAAACGCAGUUUCUUCAUGAUCUCUCCAACUGACCAGCAAGUCCACUGUUGGGCCUGGCUUAACAAGUACAUGCCAAAAGACAGCAACUUGCUGCUAGAGGAUGUCACCUGGAAAUAUACAGCCCUCAAUCUGAUUGGCCCUCGGGCUGUGGAUGUGCUAUCUGAGUUAUCUUAUGCCCCUAUGACUCCAGACCACUUUCCAACUCUGUUUUGCAAGGAGAUGAGCGUGGGCUAUGCAAAUGGGAUCCGAGUGAUGAGUAUGACCCACACAGGAGAGCCAGGAUUCAUGCUGUACAUCCCCAUAGAGUACGCUCUGCAUGUCUACAAUGAGGUGAUGAGUGUUGGACAGAAAUAUGGAAUCCGAAAUGCUGGGUAUUAUGCUCUUCGAAGCCUCCGAAUUGAGAAGUUUUUUGCCUUCUGGGGGCAAGACUUAAACACCCUCACCACCCCUCUGGAAUGUGGAGGAGAGUCUCGAGUGAAGUUAGAGAAGGGCAUAGAUUUCAUCGGUCGGGAAGCAUUGCUGCAGCAGAAGCAGAAUGGGGUGUAUAAACGCCUUGCUAUGUUCAUCCUGGAUGACCACGACACAGACCUAGACUUGUGGCCUUGGUGGGGAGAACCCAUUUACCGGAAUGGGAAGUAUGCUGGCAAGACCACCAGUAGUGCCUAUAGCUACACUCUUGAGCGCCAUGUAUGCCUGGGUUAUGUACACAAUUUUUCUGAGGACAAUGGGGAAGAGCAGGUGGUGACAGCAGAUUUCAUCAACCGAGGAGAAUAUGAAAUUGACAUUGCAGGACAUCGGUUUCAGGCCAAGGCCAAGCUCUACCCUAUCACCUCCUAUUAUUUCACUCACAAGCGUAGAAAGGAUGAUGUGGAGCUGAGCGACUUUCAUGGGAAGUAAUGCUAAGGCAGUCUCCUUUCUCCCGUUCUCAUGAGGAGCAGCAUUCUGGGAGCUCUUUCCUCUGUCCUUUGUCCUCUCUCAACUUCAAUGACCUGCUUUAAACUUCUUCCUUAAGCCUUUUUUGUCCUCCCAUUAUCUUUUCAUUUGCUGUUACUCCUCCUAAUAAUCCAGGCUCUUUUCAUCCCUCCAGCAGGCUCACAUUCCCACAGUGGAAGGCAGGAGCCACUGUGGAGUUAAGGUGACAAACUGAUUUUUAAAUUCAUCUUAAGGCAAGUUAGUAUUAUUCAAGUCUGGGCUGGGAUUCUUAGAGUAAUGUGCUACUUUUGGUAGACUACUGUGUGUCUGAUAUAGCCCUGAGAAUAGCAUGAAUCUUAAACAGGCAGAUGACUCUGUUUCACUGUGCUGUAGGUUGCCACCCGAUACCUCUUAACCAUCUACCUCACUGUUGAGAGGGAUUGUAUAGACACCAGUCUGCUUGCUCUGUGGAAGGGACAAAUAGUUAACCUGACCCCUCCAGCCCUCCAACUUUGUUCUUAGACAUCUGGGCCAGGGCAACCUGCCUGCAGUUUUCGUUAUUUUCUGCUAUUUUGUAUAAUGAGAUUGUUGUUUUUUAGCUGAGUAAACAAGUAUGCUAGUAUUUGAAAGGAAAAACACAAAACCAAACCCAUGUUGCCUUUUGUGUUGCUUUUCCCAGCAGGAGCAGUGUGAGCGCAGGUGUUGUUCCUACUAUUAGGAGAGUGUUGCUUUUCUUUCAGCUACUCACAGGUCAGCUAGCUGUCCCUUCUUGAGACUGCUUCUUGCCUCACCUGUGCCUUGUGUAGCCUGCCUAUGACCUCAGCAUUCAUCCUACCCCUUUAGCAGAGGGAGAGGGGCUUAGGUGAGUGAGUAAACCAUGCUGUCCAUACUGCGUUCCAGAGAGCUACCAGAGACUCGAGCUUUACACCCCUGGCAUGAACAAAGCCACAUACAGAUGGCCAUUGAGAGCUGUAAGUACAAUGCAGGCCAGAGACUGCAUUCCACCUUUUUCCUGGCUCCCCCACCCCCAAAAGCUUUGGAAUAGAGAGUACUCACAGAAUGCGGUUUUCUCUUUGUGAUAUGGGUUCCUCAUUGGAGCUCAGGCUGGCCUCACAGUUGCAGUGACAGUUUGUUUUCUGAAGAUGAAAUUUGGAUGUAACAGGCUGUGCUAUAGAACACCAACACUUAAUUUUUUCUUGUAUACAAACCUCUCUAGUCUGGAUUUGAGAAGCUUUAAUUCACCUGCAAUACUCAGUAACUUGGAAGCAUUGGUUCUGCUAAAUUUAAUAGCAAUCUUUCAUUUCUUUAGAGCAGCUCAGUAUUCUCAAGUGUCUCUUUGGCAUUACUAUAGAACCUUUUAUCCACUCAGACUGGUUCUUUUAUACUUUUCUUGCUAUUUUCUCCAGCUAGGCCACUCCUACUUGGCUUCUGACAAAAUUUAAUUGGUUUAUUAAAAGGGCACACAAUUAAAAUUUAUUGUGAGGGGAAAUUGCUAUUUUGGAGGAUAUGUGUAUUUCAUGAGAUGAGAGGCACUGUUUGUAGGCAAAGGGAAGAAAGGAGAAAUACUCCACUAGAAAGCUGUUGAGACAGCAGGUGCUGGCUGACCUGUGAAGAUAAGAGUAGGGAUGCACAACUCCAGGUGUCUAUGCUCCAUAUACAGCUGUAACAUUCCAGUCUGUGAAAAUUUGGUUGGAAUCGAAUACAAAAGAAUUUUUUUUUUUUAACUUUACAUUGAUAGUAAAAAUGUGGCAGUAAAAAUGUGACUUGUUCUUUAACUGUUGGAAGUGUUAGCACUUAAGUUCCAAAUUGGAGGUGGGGGGGGGCGCACCUUCCAAAACAGUAAUAGUUUAAAAUUGGGUGUGCCACCAUCAAGAGUAUUUUCAGCAUAGACUGAUUCUUUUCUGCACUUGUUAGCCUCUAGCUACUUAAUUAACCGUCCUUUCUAAAUAGGCCGGAACUGCUGUAUUUAAAAUUAUGCAGCAACUUUCUUGGUAAGUCUUCAGCUGGUAUCAGCCUUUUGAGCUUACAAACAGUGCUUGUCUUGCUGGAAAAGCAUGAGAGAGACUGAGAUGGGCAUACCAGGCUGUCUUGAAAUGCUUCCUCCAGGGGGUCAUGGUCCUAUUCCUUCAACUGUGAUUUUCUGUGCUGCUACUUGUUUACUAUGUAUCCCAAAACAAACAUCUGGCACAAAAAACAUCCUGAAGAGUUUCUCUUGGGCUGAGUGUUAGUGGUGCACGCCUUUAAUCCCAGCACUUGGGAGACAGAGGCAGGCGGAUCUCUUUGAGGCCAGCCUGUUCUACAGAGCUAGUUCCAGGACAAGUUCCAAAGCUACACAGAGAAACCCUGUCAAGAAAAAAACCAAAGAGUUUCUCUUGGUUCAUUCAAACAUUAACAAUGCAAAUAUGACCCCCCCAACACACACACACAUACUCAUUUUGCCCCGAUACAAGUGCUUUAAAUAGACAGUUCUCUUCCACUAAUCCUGAAGUUUUUCUUAUGCUUCUUUGUCAUAAGCACCUUAGUCGAGGGCACCAUUUAACCUGAGACACCUGUGUUCGUAGAGCAUUCUGAACUCUUCAGGAAUAAAUGCAAGUUGUUAACAGAAAUGAUAGGUCUAGAGCAGUGCCUCUCAACCAGUGGGUUUCAAGAGGUCAAAUGACUCUUUCACGGGAGUUACCCAAGACCAUUGAAAAACAGAUUAUUUACAUUCAUAACAGUAGCAAAGUUACACUUAUGAAGUGGCAAUGAAAAUAAUUUUGUGGUUGGGGGUCACCUUGACAUGAGGAACUGUAUUAAAAGUCAUGGCUUAGGAAGGUUGAGAACCACUGUGGUCUAGAGGCAUUAUUGAAAAUCCAGAUAACAAUCAUUGUACAUCUUUCAGUUGUGUGACAUUUCUAACUCUUGGACAGUGGGGCUACCUUGGCUUACCUUGUAUAACACUGGGGGGGGCACUAUCUGUAAGGGAUUGUAAACACAGCUUUCGAUGAUAUUUCCUCCAAUCUGUUGUCACAUCUACUUUCCUUGAACAAAGAAUAUUGAAGACCUAGGGUUGGGAGUUUUCCGUGAACCUUCUUGAAAUAUGAAGGCUUUCUUUUCCUCUUAGUUGUUCAUUAUACAUGCAAGGCCUGUUUCUCAGUACUACCGUAGUCAUUUGAAGUAUACUCACACAUUAGUCCUGGGACACAGGAUCAUCAACACAGUAAAGUUCAGCUUCAGUCUGGUGUCCAGGAACCCAUUUAUGCAGUAGUGGAGUACAGCCACUUGAGCUUGCCUUCUGUUGGGAAGUAUACUAGCUCUGCCUCUCUCUCCACCAAAUGUAUUCUAGGCUGCUGUGUCCAAGAAAAGUAACUAAAUACAAGAAACAGACUUAGAGAUCUUAGUAUUAUACUGCCCUGCCUUUGGAUGUGGGUGGCAGAUGAGUUAGAAGUAGCAGAAAUUGCUAAAGGUUUGCUUUGUUUCAUGAAGACUCACAGCUUUGACUUUCUGAUUGAUUAUCCUCUAGCCUAUGAACACCAUUUGCUAGCAUCUGAAAAGAUCUUUGGGGAGAUUCUUCUGCCUUACAGUAUGGUAGUAGUCUGGAAGACUAUUAUGGAAGAGCAGUUGCAUCAUCCUGUUUGUGGGGGUGAACUACAAAUUUCAUCCUUCUAUCUUUAUUCUUGGCCAAAAGUAACAGAUUUAUAAUUUUGGGAUAAUGAAGAAUGACUUGUCAUUUUCAUUUUCUGCAUCCCAACACCCCCACCUCACAUAUGUUGAUAGGCAAGUAGCAUAGUAUCAACACAAAACAGGUACAUUUUCUAUGGCUAAAGAAUGUUCAUCUUCUACUUAUGUCUGUAGAGACACAGCUUGAGGAAAAGCGUAGGGGGAAGUGUCUGAGCUAUAGCUACGCCCUGUGUGCAUGUCAGAAAUGGUAAGUGAGCUGUGGGCUGGUUUGGCAGCACCUCUCCUCUCCCUCUGCCUCCAUUUCUUUUGGUCUCCAAGGUGCUGAUUUGUAAGCCCCCAUUUUCAUGUCAAUAUGGGGCUUUGUCCUUCAGUUUCUCAACAGUACCAACCAACAAAGCUGUCUCACACACAGCUUUGCCUUCUCUUAGUGUAUUAAACAUCAGCAUUUUCUCUGUAGAAGACUUGGUCUCUCUAAGCAAUUGUCUACAUCAGAAUAAUUAUACGCAUUUUCCUCAUUUUAAUUCACCUGGUUUUAAUCUUUGCAAACAUCUACCUCCUUGUCUUCUUGUCUGUGAAGGACAGGUUAUAAGAGGAGGGGGAGUUAUCUUUAUCAUGUUUCAAUAGGUCUGUGCCAGGAUUUCCUUUGCACACCAAGAUCUGGAGCUUAGAGUACUUCUCUCAGCUUAGUUCUAGUGCCUUACACUCCAGAGUGCCCAUUGGUGGACCGAGGUAGGAAGAAAGCAGUGUUCAGUCGGGAUUCUCAUCACCCCCAGCAGCCCUCCCUCCUCAGAAUAAUCUAGGCGUGCGGUAAGAGGUUCUGCAGCUCAUUUCACUGGAAGCUUUUCUGGUUCAUAAUUAAUUCUGAUCAGUGCUUAAGAUACAUAAAACACCACUGUAGUUACUAUAGAGUUGUAUAAAGCUGCAUUUAGUGUGGUCUGCUCAGCUCCUUUCUGUUCCUGUGUAGUGUCAGCAUGUGGUCCUGAGGAUAUUCUAGAUGUUGGAGUAAAUAAGAACUUUUCUCAAGAGCAAACUCAGCUGACUUUGGACACAUAGGGUAACUGUGCAUUUUAUGGCCAGAAUUAUUUCUGGGUGGCUGGAUUUCAAUUGAGAUUUUCUUUUCAUGUAUUUAGCAUAUAAAUGAAUAAAAAGAUGUUUCUAUUAA